AACUCCUGGCUUCAAGUGAUCCUCCCACUUCGUCCUCCCAAAGUGCUGGGAUUACAGGUGUGAGUCGCCACAUCUGGCCCCAAAUCACUCUUUAUCACAUCUCUCUGUUUCUGGCUGCUUAUGUCAGUUUAUGAUUAGCAGCGGACACCCUUACUUGGCCAUUGUCAGUCCUACCCACCAGAUGGCGCUCCAGCACACCAGGCUUGGGGCUAUUUCAUUCACUGCUGGGUGCCCUGUGGCAGAGGCAGUACUCAAUAAAGGUAGGUUGAAAUGAAUGACUUUAUUUACAGAACUAAGAUCAACCUCCAGACAGUAUGAAUUAGCCUACUGGUCUAGCUCCAUGUAGCAUGCAGGGCUUAGGAGGAGGUAGUAGCCAGAGCAAUGUGCCUAUCUAUCUGGCCACCACCAGCCUCACUUCCAGCAGAUGAUGAUGUUGGGGUCGUUUUCAAGCCGCUCAUCCAGCUCACGGUAGCUCAUGCCUGGGUAGGGUAGUGGAAGUGAAGUCAGUGGCCUUGGCUUGGCCACCCUGCCCUGACCCCACCCUGACUGCCCUGCCUGCCUCCACCUGUCUUGCAGCAGAUCUCAUCAUAGCUGUGGCAGCCCGUGUAAAGCCGGGCAGGGUGGCUCCACUCUUCCUGAGACACCCGCACAGGAUACUUCUGUAGUCGCCGAAUCAGGUUCUUCAUAAGCCCGAACUGGAUCAACUUCCUAGGGUAAGGGUCGGGGGAGAGAGGGGUUAUGCCCUGGCCGGACCUCCUUCCAGCCAGGCCAACCCUUUCCUGCAGUCUUCCCUUCAGUGGCCAGACUGGCCUCCAAGCCCAUCAACUCCAGGAAACCUGCCUGGACUAGCAGUGCCAUGUGACUAUGCUCACUUGGAAUCAUCCCCUGCUUCUUCUCUGACCCAGGGCUCCUGACAGACACAGAGCGUCUACCUUCCCUCAGGUAAUCCCCUCAUGCCCCAGGGAAUCCCCCUCUGACCGUUCAUCAACAUGCUGUAGCUGCUGGGGGUGGCGGCCAAUGAGGUCUCGCACAGUAGUGCCAGGGCUCAGACUGCAGUACAGCUGGAACACAUCCCGGAGACUGGCCCUCUUGUGCCCUGUGGAUGACAGGGUUCAGCUUGCCAGGUGGCCCUGCCCUCCCCAAGAUGGCCUCCCCCAGAGCUGCUACUACCUUGCUUGGUCACAUAGGAUAGACACGCCUCCUGCAGGGACUUGUCGUCUACCAGGUCCUGGACCUUGGGUGUUGGGCAGUACACAUUGGAGUACUAGAGGGUAGCAGAAGACACAGGGACCUGAGUGAGUGGCUUGGGAAGCUGACAUAGCCCUGGUCUGGCCCAGCCACAUGGUCCACUCUCCACUUAACCAUACCUGAGACUCACCUACCUGGAGGAUGGAUACCAGUGUCACAACGCCAUAGUACCUGAGAGAGAUAGCUGUGCUCAGCUUCUGAGGACUAUGCCUUCCCAGCUCCCAUACUCAGGGCCCCUGGGCUCUUCCCUGGCUUGUGACCUUGUACUGGGUGUGACUGUAGUCCCACUCACAGCAGGUUCUGGAUAGCAAUGCGCACCAGGUUGAGCUCCACAUCUGCCUCAGCUGAGAUCUUCUGGACAUGGCGGAAACCAUCAAUGUAGGGCAGGAUCUGGGCAGAGUAGGGCAGGGUCAGAGGAAGUAGAAUGAGGCCAGGGCUGUGGCCAGCCCCAGGUGAUACCCAGGGAGAGAUGGCACACCUGUUGUGUAGUGAGGUCCCACUGUGAGUUGACGAACUCCUCCUUGUCCUUGGUAAAGACAGGCACAUCAUACUCCUGGGCCACAGGAGGGUCUGGACGCUGCUCUAUCACUUUCAAGUGGAUGGUGUUGGACUCAUCUGCAGGGGCCCCACCCAUAUCCUCAGUGCCACCUCUUCCAAGUGGCUCUCAAUUACCAUCCCGGCCUCCCAGCAUCCCUUGAGGCAGUCAGGUGGCUCUGGGUAGGGUCAAUUUUCCCCUUUUAUGGAGCAAGAAACUGAGGUCCAGACAGGGGGAGGAAUAUGCCCAAGUGGCAGAGCUGGAGAGCUCUACUGCUCCCCCAUCCCCAUGGGGGAGACCCUGGGCAUCACCUCAACCCAUGGCUAUUUUCUGGCCACCAGUUCAUUCAUGUGUCUUGUCCUUCUCCCCUACUUUCCCCUGCCACUUUUCCAUCCCUCCUCUACCCCUCUGCUGUCCUUGCAGAGGCUGGUCCAUACCAAUGGGCAGAGUGCACCGGCCUGAGGCAUUUAACUCCUCCAGCAAGAUGGUCAUGAUGGGCACCAACUUUUGCUUGCUCUCCUCCGUGGACACGAAGCUGCUUUCUAGCUGGAUAGAGUAUGGACAUGGUGGGUACAACCCAAGACCCCUGCUGGCUGGCUGCCCUGUCUGGGUCCUGAGCUGGCUAGCAGGGUUCCAGGUCUGGGGGAUUUUGGAGACAUGGGAACACUUUCCCCAACUCUGCCUGCCUACACACCCAAACCCAUAUCAUUGCAGACCUCCAGCGUGGUCAGGUAGCCAGCCAGCUUUUUAACGAUGGGCUCGAGGGCACAGGUUUUGGCCUGGGCAUCACACACGAAGCCCAGGUUGAAGAGGAGGGCAUUGCGGCUGUACUUCUUGUGUUCAAUGCACACAGGGCAGCCGAUCAGCUUCUUUUCCAUGGCUGUGCUGGAUGGGUGGAAAAGAGUCAGGCCUGCCCCCAACCCUGUUCCCUUCUCCUGGGAAUCCCUCCCACCCUCAGCUAGGGCCUCACACAGUGAUGAGCUUGUUUUGCAGCUCUGGCUUGGUGAUGAUGUACACUUGGACCGUGUCAAACAGCUCCCGGGAGAUGAAGUCCUCAGGGACCUGGGGGAGAGGGGUGUGUGGCAACAGGCUCCUCAGUGGACAUGGGUAGUGGGUGUAGUACAAAGGGUGCCCUCCUCACCCCAGGCCCAAGCCCUGUUCUCCAGCCUUUCCUUCACUCCCAUCCACCUAGGCCUACUACUAUUUUAUGUUUCCAAACACACGCUGUGUUCUCAUCUGCUUUCUGGUUUUUGCAUAUGCUGUUCCCUUUAUCUGGAACCUUCUCUCCUCCCUCACCUAACUUCCUAUGCUUCAUUUAGGUCUUAAUCCAGGGAUAUUCAUGGGCUACGCACCGGCCCCCACUGCCCGAUUUCCUACCAACACUGCCUAUGUGCACUAUGUCCUCCCACUCGCCACACCAGGAGCCGGGGACCGGGGUCUGAGGAUUCUCUCGGCUCAUGGUUGUUCGCGAAUGAAGGAGUGGCGUGCCCGCGGGCAGCACAGAGAUUUACCGCCUCCAGGCAGCCAGCUGAGCACCGGAGAACGCCCCUCUCCCCGCCCAAUCCCGUGAGCCCAGGUGGCACCUGAUAGGUGAUCUUGGGUCCCAGCGUCGGGUGGAACUCGCUGAAGAAUAUGCAUUCGAUGCGGCAGCCGCUGCCCAUGAUGCUAGCAGGACCUGGAUCCGUAGCUCUUCGUCCCUAGCGCGCGGAGGCGUCCCCACCCCUGGGAACACCUGUGGGAGACAGCCCAGAGGCCUGGGCCGCGGGGUCACGCAAGAUUAAGCGCGCACACGGCAGCGAAGCAGUCUGCUCAAUAGCGCCUGCGCAGCGCGACUCAGAGGCGUGGCUGGGAAGGUGGGGGGCUCGUCCCAGGAAGUGCAGGGUGGGUAGACAUCGCACCCGGAAGUGAAGUGCCUCCGCGACGGAGCGGCGGCGCGCGCUGCAGGGCCCCGAACAUCCAGCUUUCUUUGGAGAAAACCACUGCAUCAGGGCGGCGCUGCGGGUGAGGCAGGCAGAUCCCUAGCAUGGAGGGGCAGCAUGCCAGCGGCAUUUAGGGAGGCAGUGCGUGAAGGGAGUCACGCCGUUACUGGGACCGGAGCUGGGGACUACAAUCCCCGUCGUGCUCCACGCCCUCCCAGGUGGCGCUCCCGUCGGUGACGGCGUGAUGCCCGCUGGGAUUUGUAGUCUUCCAUGGCCUUGCGCAUCCUACCUGGAAGGUGGACCAGGGAUUAUUAGUACCGGUUCAGAUAAAGGUACACGCCGACAGGCCGCCGGUCUUCGACUGGCAUGUUGUGACUAUUCCUGGUGCUGGUCUUGGUAGUGUUUCUACCAUAACUUCUUGGAAAAGGGUGGCAUUCCUGCCCUGCAACCUUUUGUCCAGUGAGAGGAGUGGACAGUGGGCACUCGAGACCUUUGCCCACGCUACUAUGCUUUCAGGCUACAGUCGCCGGCCUGGCUGACCAUGGCCCUUUCUGCGGAGACCGAGUCACACAUCUACCGAGCUCUGCGCACUGCCUCUGGGGCUGCCGCCCACUUUGUGGCCCUGGGCUUUACCAUCUUUGUGGCUGUGCUUGCCAGGCCUGGCUCCAGCCUGUUCUCCUGGCACCCUGUGCUUAUGUCUCUGGCUUUCUCCUUCCUGAUGACCGAGGCACUACUGGUGUUCUCUCCUGAGAGUUCACUGCUGCGCUCCCUCUCACGGAAGGGCCGAGCACGUUGCCACUGGGUGCUGCAGCUCCUGGCCCUGCUAUGUGCACUGCUGGGUUUCGGCCUUGUCAUUCUCCACAAAGAGCAACUUGGCAAAGCCCACCUGGCCACGAGGCAUGGGCAGGCAGGGCUGCUAGCUGUGCUGUGGGCAGGGCUGCAGUGCUGCGGUGGGGUGGGGCUGCUCUACCCCAAACUGCUGCCCCGAUGGCCCCUGGCAAAGCUCAAGCUAUACCAUGCCACUUCUGGGCUGGUGGGCUACCUGUUGGGUAGUGCCAGCCUCUUGUUGGGCAUGUGCUCACUCUGGUUCACUGCCACUGUCACUGGUGGGGCCUGGUACCUGGCUGUGCUAUGCCCUGUCCUCACCAGCUUGGUCAUUAUGAACCAGGUGAGCAAUGCCUAUCUAUACCGCAAAAGGAUCCAACCAUGAGCUCUUCCCAGCAUAGGGGAGACCUGGAUUUGCCCUUUACUGUAGGAGCUGGGGUUGGGACCCCCUGGACUCUUUCAGCUGACGUGGACACCUCAGGCACUGGCUCAGUCAAGGGUAGAAGACCCAUGUGUGACAUUUUUGCUUCUUAUGCUAGAGUGUCUCCCUUUUCCUUCUCUCUCUUCAUCAUCCCAGAGGAACAUACAGAUCAUGUAUCUGGAUGAAGUUGGGGUUGCAAGACUGCCUCCCCAGCAAUGCAGCUCAUAUUUGUACUGGUAUGUCCAGAAAUUUCAGGACAAAAAAUAAAAAUAAAAGAAAAAAGACUGAAAAGACUGAUGGAAGGA